AUGUUCAACUCCAAGCGGCUCGUCUUCCGAGCAUUCAAUUUCGAGACCGACUACAAUACUUUGGUGCAGUGGCAAUAUAACGACGAAUGGCGAGAGUUCAUGACCUCGGCGCCGCUCACUCCACCGAGCAGCGAAUGGAUGAAGAAUCUGUAUGCAGAGCGUGCUCCAACUGCGCUCCCAAUGUUCGCCGUGUGCCUGAAGCCAGAGACCUGGCCACUCGCUCUAGGUCCUGAUGACAAUCUCUUCAAGGCAGUCGGUCCACCGAUUGGAGUCUUAAACUUCAUGCCAGCACGUUUCGAUUUCAAGAACAGAAGUUGUGAGCUGGCGAUCGGAAUGUCCGACCCCAAGCAUCGAGGCCAAGGCUACGGCAAGGAGAUCAUAGAGUGGGCGUUCGAGUAUGGCUUCGACCAGCUUGCCCUGCAUAGAAUCGCCCUUUUGAGCUACAGCUUUAACUCUGCCGCGAUAAAGCUAUGGCGAAAAGUGGGUAUGACUGAAGAAGGCCGCCUGAGGAAGAUCUACCUCCGACAUGGCGAGUGGUAUGACGGCGUCCAAUUCAGUAUACUCGAAGAGGAGUACUUUUCACGCCGCGGUAUGGCCUGA